AUGUUAGAUCAAGAGCUGCGACUGCUCAAGGAGCGCUUCCUGCAGCCGCUGGUUGGGCGCAUUGCGCGGCUGGGCCUCACGCCCAACCAGUUGACCCUCAUCUCGUUCGUUCUGGGCAUCCUCGCCGGCCACUUCUGCCUGGAGGGGCGACUCAACACGGCACUGGUGCUGUGGUGGCUCAAUCGCGUGGUGGACGGCGUGGAUGGUGCCGUAGCACGACAUCUUCGCCGGCAGACCGAUUUCGGAGGCUACCUGGACAUCAUCUGCGAUUUCAUCGUCUACACAACCAUCCCCAUCGAUCUCGCCUUCUUUCAAGUCACCAGCGCUUGCUCCAACGCCACCAUCGACGUGCCCAGUCGAGGCUGCGGGUUCAAGGCGGCGGACGGCACGUCGUGGGGUCCUCUGUUCUGGCUGCUGGCCAGUUUGUCGUUCCUCCUCGGCACCUACUUCAUCAACGCGGCUUCCCUGUUCAUGCUCGGGGGCAUCCUCGAGAAGCGCAACCUGGGCGCACAGACUCGAGGAGAAAAGACGACGCUGACCAUGCCCGUUGGCCUGAUCGAAGGAACAGAGACGAUAAUCUUCUACUCCCUCUUCAUUGCGUUGCCGCAGCACCUGACGGCGUUGUUCGUGCUGUUCGGCUCGCUGGUGGCCGUCACCAUCCUCCAACGCCUCCGCUGGGCCUACCGCCACCUCGACAACUGA